CGCCACAAAUCCAUGCAACCAGACUCAGAAUGCAAUAAACGCAUUCGACUGAGACAGGGUACACCUAAAGACUCUACACCAAAGACUGUAACGGUUACCAAAACACCUUCGGCUAUAAAUAAUACACCCAAAUCUAGUAGAAAACAGAGUGAUAUAAGUCAAUACUUCAGAAAGUUAACCAAUGCUAACAGCACACCUAUGACUGAUAACAAUAGUUUGCCUGGGUCAACAAUAUCGAUAACGAAAGCUGAUAUUCCUGAGUCACCUGCUACCCAACUAUUAAAUAGAAUUGAGAGCAACUCAUUUACACCACUUCAACCGAGAAAGUGUCAAAGUGCAGCCAACUCAACAACUUUAGAAGUUGUUAUGUCUUUAAAGCCAUCUAAAAGUGGUGAUGUAUUAGAGCAGACUAUAGUAUCAGCUGAAUCAGGGAAAAACGUAGAAUUUACUCCUACUGAGCCGAGGUACGCUAAAAAAAAAGUUGUUCCUUCGGCGUCUCCAAGAAAACGUAUUCCUCACCGACGUACCAGUGUUCAGAUGCCUGUAACGCAAAGUUCAAGUGCUAAUUCGCUACAGUUGACUGAGACUGAUACGUCCGGACGUGUUACGCGACGUCGAAGCUCAAUACAUACCGCAGUUAACAUGAGCUUAAGUAGAAUAGAUCCAAAUACACCUGUUUCAAAAUCGGAUGUCAAUUACUCAACAUUUAGUCCAAUACACGAAGAGAAUAGAGAAGGCACGACUACGUCAAAUGCUAAUAAAGCAGCUAAUCAGCAAAGUCCACGUGGCGAGAAAACUCGACAAAAAGGACGACGCACAACAUUUUCUUAUAAAACCCCCGAAAUCUCACCCCAAAAGAAAACGAAAACGCCGAGUCGACGCACACUAUAUACACCAAAACCCAUAGAGGAAUCCAUAUCUCAAUUGGAAAUAUUAAAAACAAACGAUUCAUCAAAAGUACUAGACGAAAGCUUAUUACGAUUUGCUCUAACGCCAACAACUCUAUUAAACAGCAAAAGUAGCUCACAAGAAAAUCUAAAUAAAACCGAUCCCGAGGUGGGUUCAUUACUGGAAGAUCAUUCAUCUACUAUGGUGUUUAGCUCUACGCGACUACCUAGCACCAAUCGAAGACGUACGCUAUUCGACGUUUCUAUGGACAUAAUACAACAACGCCUUCACAAUAUAAAUAAUUCUGCAAGACGAUCAGUAGCAAAAGAGUUAACUUACCAUGAUCAAAGUCCAAAUGUGGUUUCAUCUAAAAUUAAUAUAGAUUCGGCAGUAGCAAAGGACACAAGUAAGGGUAAUCGCGAAAGCUAUUCACAAAUUACUCCAAUAGCACCUACCCUUGAAAGUACAAUUCCAACGCCCAAGACUGUUACAAAACGCAAAUUAUUUGUGCCAAAUGAUACUUCACUGAUUUUAUCUGCCAACCCCUCAGGAUCAGUUAAGAAGAGCCCAAAUGAAGCACGCGAAAAGCGUAGGCGAACCAUGACAGCACAACCGAAAGAAAAGCGAGUAAUGACAAAAUCCCGAAACAAUAUCGCCGCUAAUACAAAGUCACGAUCAGAAGUUAUUAUCCCACCUUUGUCGACAGCACUGAUGUCGAAUUUAACCAAAAGUGUCGCGCAGUCAGUGCCUAUGUUAAGGAAUAAAUUAGACGAUAGUGAAAGUGGAGAAACAUUGAAGAUGUCGUCUACAUCCCUACCUGCGACAGCGGUAAACACCAAAAUAAGUGGAUCGAGUACUACAUUAAAUGCGACCAGCGCUGCGAAUGUACCAGUAUCACAAGCAUUUAUUUUGAAGAACGAUGCCCAUGUGAUGACGGCUGCACCGCUACCAAAAUUAAAAGGGUCUUUUAUGAGCAUAAUUUCAAGUAAUACAUCUGAUACCACAGUCAAGCAACAAUUGCAACAAGAUAUGGGAGUAGAUGAAAACAUCGCAAUAAAUACUCCGUCCAUUACCACGGUAUUAUCACAAGCUUCUACUGCGCCGUCUAUAGCUACUGAAAAUCCGAAAAUUCCAUCUACAUUGGACUCAACUCUUCUCCCAACGAAUCAAACAGCACCAAAAGUUGUUAAAAAAUCACAAAUGAGUGAAACACCAGACAAAGCGAAGGAUGCAGUUGAAGUUGGGGCGUCCGGUUGUGCGCUAAUAUCAAAAAAUGCACCCGGUGGCAACAAAAAAUGGCCAUAUAUUGUAUGCACGAACAUGCACCGGGAACAGAUCAAAGUUAUGCGCGAGGCUAUUGCUGAACUUGGUGGUCUUCAACUGAAUCACUGCGUUAACGACGAUACCACACAUGUGGUGAGUUACGAGCCGCGUAGGACGCUGAACUUAUUAAGAGGACUAAUACGCGGCUUGUGGAUACUAGACUACAAAUGGGUGCUGGACUCACUGAAAGCAGGCUGUUGGUUAAAUGAGGAAGAAUAUGAAUUAAGAGUGUUUUCACGCGCCAUUGAGAUAUGUCGUACAGAACGACAGGCUUUCGGCAAUACAUACAAAUGUGAAUUAUUUGCGGAUUUAGGUACAUUUUAUAUAUCUUCGCGCUGUGGCCCGAUCUCAAAAGAAAAUCUAAAGGAGUUAAUUGAACUAUGCGGCGGCAAAGUGGUAGAUCAUCGCAAACGUGCCAAAUACAUACUCGGUGAUCCACACAAAACACUGGAAGAUAAAGUCUAUGUAACUCCAUUUUGGGUUUUAGAUAGCAUAACACAUAUGCAAGUGAUGCGCCAACAAAAAUAUACCUAUGUUACCAACACAGUUGUUAAGGCGCAGCCACCAUUACCGCAAGUAAAUGUUGAGCCUGCUGUUUCUACGCCACCUGUUGUAUCUGGCUGAGCAUAUUUAUAAACAAUAUAGUGAUGUGGCAAUCUUAUAUUUGCUCGUUUUGACGGAGAAUUUGUUUUCCAUAUUGCAAUCUUAGCACAUAGUAUUUUAGUCAAUAAAAUAGUAAUAAUCAUACUUUUUUAAUGAAAUAAAAUUGUAG